CAGCAGUGCCUUCACCAGGGUCUUUACCUCAGCCUCUGCUGUCUGUUUUUAGUUACUGAUUUCGAAGCAAUUUCCUCUGACUUGUAUAUUACUGGACUUUGCCUUGAAGAUGGGGAUACACGAUUAUAAAUUGAUUUAUCUUAUGACACUGGCUUUGCUUCUGAGUGCUUGUGCUUCAAGUCAAGACACGACACCUGUUGAGGAGGAUAGUUUUAAUCAACAUGAUUCACAAGAAAGCACACAGCAAGAAGUGCUCGAUGUGGAAGAGGAAGAUAAAGGAUCCAUGGACACACAAACUGCAAGUCCUUUGCCCUUCACAGAGAUGACCAAUUUCACACUGCCUGAAAAUGGAAACAGCACUGAUGUGACUAGUGAACAGGUUCCUAAUAGUGAUCCAACAAAAAGGAGCAUCACAAAAAUCCACAAUCCUUUGUUUCCCAUCACUGACAGCUCUUACAGUGCUCAUGGGAUUCUCUUUCUUGCUUUUGUGGUGUUUGCCUUCGGCGUCGUGGGUAAUCUGGCAGUAAUGUGCAUUGUGUGGCAAAAUUACUUCAUGAGGAGCGCAUGGAACUACUUUCUUGCAAGUUUGGCUUUUUGGGAUUUUCUGGUGUUGUGCUUCUGUCUGCCUGUGGUGGUCUUUAAUGAACUCACCAAUAAGAGGCUGCUGGGAGAUUUCUCCUGCAGAGUUGUGCCUUACAUAGAGGUAACCUCUCUUGGCGUGACAACCUUCAGUCUGUGUGCUUUGGGCAUUGACCGCUUCCACGCUGCCACAAGCUCCAUGCCAAAGGCCCGACGAGUUGAGCACUGUCAGAAGGUCCUAGCCAAGCUGGCGGUGGUGUGGAUUGGCUCCAUGGUGCUAGCGGCUCCUGAGCUGCUCCUGUGGCAGCUGCAUCAGGUGACACCACCUGGUCUGGGUGACCAAGUGGACACCUGCAUCAUGAGUCCAUAUCCAGAUCUCCCCGAAUCCAUCUAUUCUCUCGUUAUCAACUACCACGACGCACGCAUGUGGUGGUACUUCGGCUGUUACUUCUGUCUACCUGUUGUCUUCACUCUGCUCUGUCAGCUGGCCACCUGUCAUGUAUCCGGCGGGAGCGGAAGUUCUCCCAAGCGGCCCGAGGAACGAUCUCCAUCCAAAAAACAAAAGCUUCAGCACGCUCAGCAAAUCGAACGGCAGCUCAACUGCACAGUCAUGGCUCUAGCAGUGGUCUAUGGUGUCUGCACGCUGCCGGAGAACGUUUGCAACCUGACUUUGGCAUAUGCUCCUAUCCAGGUGUCUGAGGAGGUGACUUCUCUUCUGGCCCUCAUAAACCAGUUCUUUCUGUUCUUCAAGUCAUCUGUGACACCAGUGCUGCUGCUUUGCCUGUGCAAGUCUCUGGGCCAGGCCUUCAUGGACUGUUGCUGCUGCUGCUGUGAAGAAUGCCAACCGAGCAACUCUUCAUCCACCCAAAACGUCGCUGAAGGCAAGCUCAAGACCACUAAUGACGUGUCCUCCAUUUUUUUUGACAAAGCCAAGGACAGUUCAACCAUCUUGUCCAUUGGCAGCUGAGUAGGUGGAUCCCGUCCCCAAUUGAUGACAUCAUGAGAUGACAUGGAACCUACAACCUACCUUCUUCCCAUUAUCCACAAGUGGCCAUCAUUACAUUAGCAGUUCUUAGUGUUAUGUUGGAGCACGUUAGCAUUGUUCAACAAAUCUGAGGCCAAUUUGCAAUUUUGGUUUUGGAACAAACUUAGUGGGAAAAAAACAUUUUUAGUUAAGAUCUAAAGAUCUAAGUUUGGCAUAAAUCUAAAGAUUCAUUCCAUAAUAUCUCAGGAUGGCUCAAUGUACCUAUAAAGUCUUAAAAGGAUAAUUCACCCAAUAAUUUACUUACCCUCAUGUCAUUUCAGACCAUUGACACUUUGUCAUCUGUAGAACACAAAAGAAGAUAUGUUGUAAGUCGUCUCCAUGUUUAUGUCCAUACAAUAGAAGCCAAGUGGGGUCCUGUGUUGUUUUGGACCCCAUUGACUUUCAUUGUAUGGACAAAACAAUUCUUCAUUAUAUCCUCUUUUGUGU